AUGCCUGUUGUCAAAGGAGGUGUCUGGACCAAUAUUGAGGACGAAGUCCUUCGCGCAGCAGUUUCGAAAUAUGGUCUCAACCAGUGGGCCCGAGUUUCGUCUCUUCUGGCACGAAAGACACCAAAGCAAUGCAAAGCACGUUGGGUAGAAUGGCUCGAUCCCGGUAUUCGCAAGGUCGAGUGGUCGCGAGAAGAGGAUGAGAAGCUUCUUCAUCUGGCGAAGCUCAUGCCAACCCAAUGGCGCACAAUUGCCCCCAUCGUCGGUCGUACUGCCACACAGUGUCUCGAACGUUAUCAGAAACUUUUGGACGAAGCCGAAGCUCGCGAAAACGAUGAAUUUGGACUGGGAGGUCCGGAGGGUGGUGAGACAGCGGCCCCUAGCGCGGAUGAUGUCCGUCGUCUCCGCCCUGGCGAGCUGGACCCUGAUCCUGAAUCCAAACCUGCGCGCCCUGACACGAUCGAUCUGGAUGAAGAUGAGAAGGAAAUGCUGAGUGAAGCGCGUGCGCGUCUCGCGAAUACACAGGGUAAAAAGGCGAAGCGAAAGGCUCGAGAACGCCAACUGGAAGAGUCGCGUCGAUUGGCUGUACUGCAGAAACGGCGUGAGCUCAAGAAUGCCGGAAUCAAUGUCAAAGUCACCACUCGGAAGCCUGGCGAAAUGGAUUACAACGCAGAUAUUCCCUUUGAGAAGCCCGCCGCUCCUGGUUUCUAUGACACCACAGAGGAACAAUCACGAAAUGAACGCCAGCGGGAAAUGUUUGACCCCCGCAAGCAACAGCUGGCCAAUAAGCGGAAAGGUGACCAAGAUGAAGAUGCGGAGCGCAAGAAGCGGAAGAACGACAAAAACAGCAAUUCGGCUGCCUUUGCGGCCGCUGCGCGCGCCGGGCAGAUGCAGAAGAUCCGUGAAGCAGAGCAGAGCAGCAAGCGACGGGGCUUGGUUCUACCCUCGCCACAAAUUAGCGAAGGGGAAAUGGAGGAUAUUAUUAAAAUGGGCAUGGCCGGUGACAAGGCCAGUCGGAUGAGUGCCGACGAAGAAACAACUAGAGGACUCAUUGGAAAUUAUGGUGCGAUUGUUGGCGGAACCCCUAUUCGGACACCUCGCGCUGCUCCCGAGGAUGAUCAUAUCGCCAACGAGAUCAAGAACAUUCGGGCGUUGACUGAAACAAAAUCUUCUCUACUCGGAGGCGAGAACACUCCUCUCCACGAGGGUGGCUCAUCAACUGGCUUCGAUGGAAUCACACCGCGACGGCAGGAGAUUGUCACGCCCAACCCAAUGGCCACACCAUUUCGACAAGCCAACGGCAUUGGAGCAACUCCCAUGCAUGGUGGAAUUGGACCCGGCGCUACCCCACUGCGUACACCUCGAGACCACUUUGCUUUGAACAAGGAAGGUCAAGGUAAUCAGCUCGUUGGUAGCACUCCCCGUGAUAUCAAGAUGCACGAGAACUUCAUGCGUCAGUCAAUCCGCAGCAAGCUAUCUUCACUUCCGAAACCCAAGGAGACUGAGUGGGAGUUGGAGGAGUUGCCCUCUGAGGCUGCUGAACCGUCUGCUGCCAUCGAACUUACCGAAGAGGAUGCGGCUGAGCGGGAUCGCAGAGAGAAGGAAGCGCGGGAGCAGGCGGCCCAGGCUGAAUUCAAGCGGCAGUCCCAAGCAUACCAGCGUGGAUUACCACGUCCUAUGGUUCUUGAUCUCGAUGCAUUGAUGCAGCGCGCGGCUAGUGUAACUGACCCUGCGGAGGGCCUGAUUUCCCAUGAGGCUGCAAUCAUUAUUGCACACGAAUCUCGAAAAUUCCCAGUGCCCGGCGCAAAGGUGGAAGGCAAAGCGCCCAAACUUGGCCGCCUUGAUGACAGAUUUCUGGAAGCUGCUCGCGCAGCGAUUACUGCGGAAGUUGCUUCUGCAGAGGCUCAGCAACAACAGCAGGACUGGCAAGAAAGGUUUGAUGAUAUUUGGUCAUCAACUCGUGCCAAUGCCCUCCCGGGUCUGGACAACUACGAUGAUGAAGAUGAGAAGGAUACUUUCCAGGAGGAACAACGCAUGAUCGGCGCGUUCGAUAAUGUCCAAUCAUCACUCCUUGCUACAGCGGAGAAGGGCAAUAAGUUGGAGAAAAAGCUGGCCUUACACUAUGGCGGUUAUCAGACCCGCGCGAAGACGUUACGGACAAAAAUCUUGGAGGCUAGCGUGGCUCUGCCCAAGGCGCAAGAUGAUUUGGAUUCUUUUCGGACUCUCCAGAUUUCCGAGGAGGCUGCUGUCUCUCGGCGUCUCGAGAAAUUGCGUGAGGAGGUGUCCUUCGUCAUGCGCCGGGAGCGCGAGGCACAGGACUUAUAUAAGAGCCGGAAGGACGAGUUGGAUGAGCUCGUUGCGGGCACGGCUACUGUCAAUGGGUGGCAUUAA